GUGAUAACUGUUGCCCUCCGAUGCCCUGAUGGAGCAGUUAAGAGACGGAGAUUUACAUUGGAGUCGCAAAUCAAGGUGAUGCUUACCAUACAUGCACAAUACACAAGCACAUAGAUGUUUUGGCUUCCUUGAAGGAAUUUAAUCAGCUGUUACACUUGCGCUUCUCGUCGUUAAUUACAUUGCGUUAUCCAUUUUUCUUAACCAUUCAUUUGUUUUAGCGGCGGCCCAAACUGUGGGAGUUCGUUAGACUUUGAACUUAUAAGAGGAUGUAUGAAAAUAUACAAAUUACGUCCUAAAUUCCAUUUUUUUGACAAAAAAAUAGAUAAAAAUGACUCACUUUGUGUUUUUGUUUUGUUAUUUCUUGAAAAAACAACAACAACAAAAAACAAAACAAAACAAAACAAAUACACCGCAAAUGGAAAAGAAGCUGUGACCGUAAAAACUGUGAAAGACCUGUGACCUACGAUAAAAUUUUUUGAUCACUGACUAGAAUCCUCCUCUUUGAUAAGAUUACGAUUCAGUCUCUUCAUCAGCUUCGUUCUCAAAAAACCGCAAGUUAAAAUUUGGAAGGUCGAAAAUUAAAGUCCAAGUCAUCUUUGGUUACAAACAUAUGAUAACUUUCUUUACCAUUUUUAUUUUCGAGAUAGAAAGAUUUAGAGCUGCAAAAUCAGCAUGGUUUUGAAAUCUUGCUGUACAGUAAGUUAUAGACAGCAAAUUGACCAAUCAAAGGGCGGAAACAGACUUACAAUACGUACAAUAAAAGUAAAAUAGCGCGUGCGAUCGAAUUGUUGCGCGCGAGCUGUUCUAUGCAUGACCUAACAAACCAAUCAAAAAAACAUCAUUGCAAACGAUUUGGCAAAGAAAAGACAGACCUUCUCAGAUGGCUUGAUAUGUCUGGCGUCAAAGAUGGAAAUACAAAGAAUCGCCUUAAGCAGUAUAUUCAAAGUGACAGUUAUCGCCAUGUUGUUCCUUUCUGUUGCUCUAAAUAUGGUAAGAACACUACAAAAAAUGGCAAGAAAAAUUUGUUUUGACGUUUAGCAAAAGUUUGAUAUAUUUCGCGAGUUUCAUGAAGGAGUUGAAAGAAAGAUGUCUUUCACGAACAACAGCUUCUUUGGUGUAUUUCGGAAAGGACGAAUAAGUAGGACGGUACGCAGAAAAAGAUGGAAGGCUAUUUUAAAACGUGGCUAUGAGCUACGGAGGGAUCUAGGGUAUUAAUAGGAACGUUCCAAAAAGCGGCCUUAUUAUCGCUUGCCUAGAGAUUAGAUAAGAAAUGAGUAGGCGAUUAAUUCUACACGAAAGAGGAGUUACUCACUAAAGGUUUUGCACUUCCUAUUGCACGUGUAGCACGCACAUGUAUGUUUUAAUUAUUUAUCAUUUUACCUAGUAAAAUUAGUAUUUGGUUCCUGUGUACCACGUAGCCGGCUACGUAGGAAAUUGUUCAAGUGGUAGGGUAUUCUGCAGUUCAGCCGUUUUCUGAAAGGAGACGACUAUGUUGUGUGCCUCCGGAGCAAGAAGAAAAAUAAAGCCGCCUCGCGGCGAAUUGGCCGCUUCACGGCCAAAAAAGGCUCGCGGUCGACUUGUAGCAAGUGUAGUGAAGACCUAGAAAGACAAUUACCUUGUUUGCUAAGAAGCGUUCUCCAAAAAAACAGUUCGCUCGGAAUUCUGAUGCGUAGUCUACUCAUUCCAAUACAAGAAGUGAACAAGAAAGUCAGGACAAGUUCCAGCUUGAUUCUGGAGAGAGAAUUCCGUCGGCAAGCAAUUAAAGGCUCCACUAUAACAGAGCAAGAGAAAUUUCGAGCUGUAAUCGGAAAGAAAGUUUGCUGCAAAGCCACGUUUAAAAAAAUUGCCCUAUUUGGCGAGAUUAUGUCUGUCAUGACUAGAGUAAACAAGAGGAAGAGUGCUUAAGGGUUUUAAAGCUCUGCUUCUAGAGUUAAGAAAGCAAGUAAAAAAAAUUAUCUUAGUCAUCAAAAUGAUUUCUUUUACUUGCUUUCUUAACACUAGUGUAGAUCCUUCUUCCAGGAAAAAAAGUACUGUACUUGUGAUUCCAACUAUUGAGAAACAAGGGUUUGCUAAAAAAAAGGGUGCGGAGCACGAAUAGACUAGGUUGUCAGGAGCAUACCUGACUGUAAGCCAGUUAAGCGUGGGUUAAAAGAUUUUUGGGUGAUUUUUUUUUCGAAUGGCUAAAUUGAAAAAGAGUCACAAUCUUUUUUUUUGUGUUUCCAUUUUCCAAGUGCUUGCCAAGGGUAUCAUUGAUGGCAUGCAGCUCGUCAAGACAGAGCCCUGCUGCACUCCUUCACUCUAGUUUUACAUUUAAGGUAUAGACAGAUGUCACAAGACUGCACCGGCAGACAGGCGAUGCCGAGUCUCGUCGCGUCUUGGCUUUAGUAACUAGAGAGUUUUAGAUCGAGUUUACCGCGAACCUCUAACCGCUGAAGGUCACGUGACAAGUCUUUCGCGUCACGUUUGAGGUUUAUGACGUGCGUUUUCAACGUGGGGAGGUAGGUUUUCACGUAUGUCAUUUACCUGAAAUCUUUUAGCGUAUAAUUCUUGUUUUAUCUCACGUAAUGAUACAAACAUCUGGUGGAGCAAGUCUUUAUCCAUUAACAGAGGCAAAAAUUCGGGCGAAAUGCUAAAUCUGAUAAAUCCUAUUGGAUCUUGAAAACAAGUGCCAUUCAUGGCUGCUAAUUGGCCACUCCAGAAAAUACCAUAACAUACUAUAAUGCUUUUUGAUUGUCGCCCCAACGUUUUGCAUAAGCAUUGUCUUCAGUUUCUCUUGGGAGUUAAAAUGGCCCCAAGAGAAACUGAAAACAAUGCUUAUGCAAAAUUUUGGGGUGACAAACAAAGAACAUUAUGGUAUGUUAUGGUAUUUCUGGAGUGGUCAAUUCAAAAUGGCGGCCGUAAAUUUGAAAGAGAAACUAAUGUAAGAAUUUACAGUUCUUUGCUGCUACAUCACAUAGUGUUACCGUAAAUUUCUUUUAUUUUCACUGAUUGAUAUUUCUUUUAUUUCUAAAUGGAAAAAAGAAAAACAGAAUCCACUUCUUUAAUCCACAGCCAAUCUAAAUCGAAGUAUGUUUGAACGUCGACUCGCAAACGGGUAACCGCAAACCGCGGUUAGAGGUUCGCGGUAAUCUCCGAUCUAAAACUCUCUACUGUCUUUGUGUCAACGUCUACUAUGCAAGUAGAGACACGCCCUGUGCUCCCUCUUUUACAUGCGUACAGUUACACGCGUAUCGAUACAGACAAGGUGGUCCAGGAGUUUUGCACCAGGAAACCCCGCAGUUUGGCAUUUGAAUUCUGAACACAUGUACGCAAACCUUCCUUGAGCCAAAAGGACAAUCUCGACCCCAGUGCUUACCCCUCUGACUCCGCGCGUAAGCUCUUCCUCCCUGGCCUUCAUGUGCAGAAGAGCUCUGUGGUCGAUAUUGCUCCUUUAACUGUUCAUUCGGCCUUACAUUUUAUAAUGCCACUGUGAAACAGCUCACGUAAAAUGAUUGUAACGUAGCUUAAGUUACUUUACGGCCUGUAAAACCCCGGGUCUGACGCCAGUCAAAUGACUGUUACUAUCGCUUGUCCAGAACUUGGUUCCAGUCUCCGAAACAAGAAGAUAUAGAAUAAGAAUAUUUUUAGCGUCGUUUCUUGAUACGUACUGUUAAUUAUGGAUCCUAUUUUUUUCCCAUCGAUUUAUGGCCGCGUGCUUCAGACAAGAGCUUCUCGAAGUUCCUAUUUUUGGCGUCCGAGUCUUCUUCAUUCAAAAUACGUGUGUUACUUUAGACAGAAGAUAAAAAAGAAGACUGAAAAAUGAAGAGCCAAUCUUUAAAACAUGCUUUAUCGAAAAGCGCAGUGCAUUUUGGUUUAAACUUUUUUCAAAUGGUGACUUUGGCAAACAUUUGUACGGACUGGUAUAAACAGUGCUGUAACAGAAUGUGCAGGGUUCCAUGGAAACGGGUUGUACAGGUAAAAAUUCGUUUGGAGCCGUUUAAUCGCUCUCAUAAAAAUUUGAACAAGGAAAUAACUCUCCUGUUUUUGACAUACAUUGCUUUGCUCUUGCUUACAGUGGAACACCGCCUUACAACCACCUCGGUAAUACGGUCAUCUUGUUAUUACGGUCACGCCUUUUUGGCCGCCCGGGUAAACGACCAUACGUUUUCUUGUGAAAAGCCCCUCGUUUAUACGGUCACCUGUUAAUUCGGCUAAAUUUGUGUAUUUCUAUCGUUUAACCUUGGUCAAUUUUCGUUUGACGAGUUCGGUUUGCAUUAGCCAACCUCAACAUACUGCUGUUUUGCGGUUGAUUUGGAUUACGUUAAACUGUUUUAAUUCUCUCUCUUUUAUCCGUAGAUGUUAUAUGUCUUCGCGGAAUGGCUUGGUUACUCGUCAUCUCGUUAUGUUAUCUCAACGAUAUUUCCGAGAAAACAACUCUCUGAAGUCACACAGACGUUUUUGGAGGCUGGACUGACUGGGGACACAGCUUUAGUAUUGGAAGAAAUAUAG